GUUGAAACGUAUGUAAUGCACUUCAUGCACAUUUCGAUUACGUUGUACGUGUUUUACUUUCGAUUGAAAUUUGUUAUGCUAUCCAGUCUCACAGGAGUAACGGUAGAGAAAGACCGAUACAAAGUACAUUCUGCUAUAGUUGGACUAAAAAACGAGCUUGUAGAAAAAACAGAAAUCGCAGUAUUGAGAGCUAGCAUAUACUUGACUAUUGUACAGAUGCCUUCCUUCAUUUCAUUGACUUUGUUAAACUGUAUAGUAAAUGUUUACUAGUACCAUAAUCAAGUAGGCUUCGUUUUCUAACUUUCUGCAAUUUGAAGUAAUGGUACAAUCAAGUUCAAGCAGAAAUCUAAUGAUCGUUACAGUUUCAUUGAACACAUUUCCUAUACUGUAACACAGUCAAAC